AUGUUCCUAGUGAAGCGCUGCCGCUUGCCAUGCUUAAGCAGGCCUUACUCUCAACAUGCAGACCUGUUAAGCCUUUAUAAAAGUCUUUUGAAAGAGAAACCUUUUCAACAAUUGGUGCAGACGAAAAAUCUCAAUGACUUGACGCCCUAUGACUUUUCUGAAUUCGUGCUAAAAGGUUUAGCUGGCAAACAAGAUCUUGACAUCGACCGUACCGAAAUUCAUAACCGGGUCAUAGAAUCCUUGACUGCCCAUGACUAUGGUGUAGGAUCUGUGCAUGCCAAAGAGGUACAAAAACUGAGUGGUCAAUUAAGCCCCAAGAGUUUAGCCGAAAUCAUCAAGGGCAACCCUGGUAGGGUUAAAAGCUCAUGGGAGAUUUUUAUGGAUAAUCGGAAAGUUGCUUGGGAAUCUCAAGAAGUUCUUGAGGCUGUAUUCCGAAAACUUCUGAAGUUCGAUUCCGCCGACAUUGCUGACGGUAAAACCGAUCUAACCCUGCAGGACAUUACAAAGAGCACUUUCUUGCUUUCUCGUAUAAUAGAUAGCAGCAUAGUCAAGAAUUCUACUUGGGAAGCACUGCUGCGAGCAUCGCUAGCUACCAAAGCAACUACGAUUAUACCUUUUAUUCUAAGCCAUUACAAACCUUCAGGAUCACAUCUGAGAGACGACAAUAUUCAAUUUACAAACUAUCAAAUUUGCCAAUUGUUUCAGCAAAACCCGGAGGUCCUGUUUCAAGAAGAUAUAUCGUCAUUUAGGGACGUUUUCACUAUACUUGGUCAAAAUGAUACUGUAAAGUUGACAGAAGAAGAGCUAGAAGCUGACCGCAGUAUUCAGCAUGAUCUGGACUUAAUGCGUCAAAUGACCGGCAGUGAUUUUUCAAUAAACUCACCUCACGAGCUUUCCACUGAAGUAUCCUUUGACAAUUUCCUAGCCGUGGUCGAAAAACACAAUACUGAGUCCGACACUGUUCGCGAGCUUCGUGAAAUUGCAGUUCAUAGCUUGGGUAUCUUCAAGAACGACAUCAAAAAAGCAAGUGCCUUUUUUGAGAAGGUAAAGAUUCCUCAUCAAAGACUCUUUGAUGACAUGUUUCUAGUUUACAUUUUUGGUGGUGUGAAGAACACAGAUCGGCAGCUAAUACAAAAGGCUAUAGAGUUUAGUUCUAUCCACGAUUCCGAUGUGCUACGUUCUGUUGUAAUUCAAGGCCUCAUUGUGGGCUAUUCCGGGUUUGAUUUAGAGGAAUCGUUAAAAGUUUUCAAUCAAAACAUCGAGUCAUCGCAAAGGAAGCCAUUCGAUCGUGGUCCAAUGUCUGAAGCUGCAUUACUGACUGAAGCUUUGAUAGUAGCUUUCUUGAGAAACAAGGAUAGAGAGUUCGCUCAGGUGAUUCUCGAUAAAGCCGCAGCGGAACAAAUUUUUCCAAGUAAAACUGCGAUGCAGCGCGUAAAAGCCCAUUUCGCUCGCUAUGGAGCUAUGCUUGAGGAGCCAGAUUUUGAUCGAAACCUUCGAAACAUGGUUCUGGAUUACAUAAAAAGUCUAUAA